AUGCUUGGAAAAUGUUUGCCCGAGCCCUGGCAAGCUGCCACACGUUUCGACCCUUGUCAUAUGAGAACGACUCAGUCCUACGUUUGCAGCAAACUGUCCAUUGGGCAUGCUACAAGUCUGAGCUGUGAGUCACCAAAAACAACUACCUUGUGCAUGCCCAGAAACACUGACUUGUCCAGAGAGUUGCGUUUGGAGUUAAGUAUAGUUAAAACAAGCCCCUGGGAUCUCCGUUAUCCAGACUUAUUCCCCAACCCCCCAGAGUCACUCGAGUCCCAGGGUGAACCAGCUUGGUAUUUUUAUCUUGCCGAAAUUGCCCUCCGCCGUCUGAACAACCGAAUCUUGGCGUUCACGGGCACGAUUGGCCGGGAUAGUACUAUGGUGUCUGAUAAGGUCACUGCGAUCCAAGAAUUCGAGCGCCAGGCUCAUAGUUGGGCCAAGUCGCUUCCUACCAGUCUGCGGCCCGCUGUAAGCAAAGAUGAUGACAUGACUUUUCCUGAUAGCGAUAAUGGCUGGUUGCGUUUCAUACUCAGUGGUCAUAUGCUUGAUUGUUUGGAGCUUAUGUACUGGCCUUUCGUUUACGCUGCUACAAACUGCCUGGUGACUGGCAAGCCUGUGUUGGGGAAACUAUCAGGCUUCUGUAUCACUGGGCUGAAGAAGUUCCAGGAUGUUACAACGCUCUAA